UUUAGACACUUAAUUACAGUAUCCUGUUUUCACUCAAUUUUAAGUGACCAUUAUUAAGUGAGCCUAAUCCCGAGUGCAGUCCCAAAAAAUGAUGCAACCGAAUCAUCUGAUGCUCGUCGCUAUCAUUGGCUUCUCCGCACUCGCCAAUGAAAUACAGGCGGACGUGGAGCAUCCCCAUUCCUUCAGCUAUCAAGUUGGACAGUUUAUUGAGAGGAGAUGCCUGAGGAAUCAGGACCUGGACUACUUGGAGACGCUCAUGCACAAGUUGGGCGAUUUCUUGGGAUGUCUCGGAAAAAUUAUGCCCAAGCACCACGAUGAGCACGAUGACAAAAUCGAAAGGCACUGCUUCGUGGCCAGGCGCGAGGUGUUGCAGUGCAUGCAACAGCUGAUGGACGCUCUGCAACCGUGUCUGCACGGCGAAGAGGAGUACCUGCCGAAAUUCGUAAUGAGAAGCUUCGCCGCGUACUUGGAGUACUUCUGCGAGCACGUGCGGAUCUUAACAGUCGAGGGCCUGAUCGAUUCCAACAUGUCGAAGUGCCUCAACAAAUUCAAAAAAUAUCUGCACAAUAAUCCCCACAACACCUGCUUCAAUGCCCUUCACCUAACCGAUCAUUUCAAAGGAACGCCCCUCACCAAAGAAGAAUUGUGCAAAGAUUUGGAGAUAAUCUACGCGUGUUACGAGCAUAAAUUCCGCACUCACUGCCCAGAAUCGCCGCAAGGGUGGCAAUUUGAAGGAGGGCUGCUGAACGCCACGAGGUCGCCAUGUUUCGAAUCUUAAAAACAGUGUAUUAUUUGUAUCUCAAUAAAUAAAAAUUUAUUAGAAAGUA